AUGACAUCACCUCCUCCAACAAACAUGACAUCAUCUCCUGCAACCACUACAGCUUCACUUCCGACAACACUUGCAACUACAACAGCCACAUCUGACCCAAAAAUAAAACUUGAAUUUAAGCUGCAGGAAACCUUUUCCCCAAGUCUUGAGAAUAAAUCUUCACCUGAAUUCAAGGCAUUAGAAAAAAAAGUCACAGAAGCGCUUGAUGCUACAUAUUCAGCUAAAUUUGGAUCUAAAUUUGAACGCACAGUAAUUAAAGCUUUCAGCAAGGGAUCUGUUAAAACAGAGGCUGAAUUGAUAUUCAAUGAUGCAAACACUAUGCCAAACACAACAUCCGUCUCUGAUGCUUUGGUGGAGGCUGCAUCAAGUUCCAAUUUUUCCCUUAGUGUCAACACUUCAACUAUUUCUGCAACUGCUGUAGAGACAACAACAGCAGCUCCUACCACAGCUGCACCUACCACAGCAGCAAAUACCACAGCUGCACCUACAACGGCAGCACCUACCACAGCAGCACCUAACAUAACAGCUGCACCUACCACAGCCGCACCUAACAUAACAGCUGCACCUACCACAGCCGCACCUAACAUAACAGCUGCACCUACCACAGCCGCACCUAACAUAACAGCUGCACCUACCACAGCAGCACCUAACACAACAGCUGCACCUACCACAGCAGCACCUAACAUAACAGCUGCACCUACCACAGCAGCACCUAACAUAACAGCUGCACCUACCACAGCAGCACCUAACAUAACAGCUGCACCUACCACAGCAGCACCUAACAUAACAGCUGCACCUACCACAGCAGCACCUAACAUAACAGCUGCACCUACAACAGCAGCACUAACAUAA